ACUCCCGUUCAAAUACAAGCUCCACCAGCAGCUACACACUACUGCUUUCAGUACAGCUGCCACAAUACGACUGAGGUCCAGGGCUUAAAAACAAAUACUUUUGCACAUUUACUACAUCAUGGAUGGGCCUCAAUGAACACAAAUGCAGUGUUAAUGCCAUACAGUGGAUUUUCUGGACCGACAGACAUUUUGUGUAAAGUGUAAUAAAAAGGACACAAAAAGGCGAAAAAUGUUUUGGGUUAACGCUUCCGGUAGGCCAGCACAUCUGCACUGAUAUGACUACGAUGGAACUCAGGCAAACCCAGUCCUGGAAAAUCAUCGAGAGCAGUACAUCUAGAUUGCAUUACUGGACUUGACAAGAGAGAGGGGUUGAGAGCGUGCGCAGCUUAGCAGAAUGUUCAUGAAUUGCAGAAGGGUGAGAAAAUGGCAUUUUCUACAGCUUGUCUCCAUGUGCUGUGUCAUGUCAGUCCUUAUGGUUUGCUGGGACCACGUGGACCACAGCGUCGUGAGCCAUGUGAAGUCCUACUCCUACCGCUACCUAAUCAACAGCUACGAUUUCAUCAACAAAAGCCUCAGCGUCAGCCCAAAGGAAGCCGCCAGGUUUGGUAGCUUCCCCUAUUUGCUGAACAACGAGGGCGUUUGUAAAGACAAAGACGUGCUGCUUCUCCUCUUCGUGAAGUCCUCCCCAGGAAACUUCAGAAGACGACAGGCCAUUCGCUCCACUUGGGGCAACGAGUCCUACAUAAGUCACCAGCUGGGCGUUAUCGUAAAAUUAGUGUUUGCUAUGGGAGUUCACCCUGUGGUGCGCUUUAAUAGCUCACUGCAGGACAAAUUGCACAAGGAGCACAUGAACCACGGUGACUUGGUUCAGCAGGACUUCCUUGAUACAUUCCACAACCUCACUGUGAAACUGCUGCUUCAGUUCCGCUGGACACACGAAAACUGCGCCCAUGCCCGCUUCCUCAUGACUGCGGACGACGACGUCUUCAUCCAUUUGCCCAACCUGGUGCGCUACCUUCAGGACCUCAGAAGACAGAAAGUGCGCAACCUUUGGGUCGGCCACGUUCACAGGGGGGCGCCUCCCGUUCGCCGCAGGGACAGUAAAUACUAUAUGCCCUUCGACAUGUACCAGUGGUCUUCCUACCCAGAUUACACCGCCGGGGCGGGGUACGUGGUCUCUGGCGACGUGGCAGCCAAAAUAUAUCAGGCCACGCAGUCUCUGAACGCCUCUAUGUAUAUCGAUGACGUCUUCAUGGGUAUCUGUGCCAUUGCAGCGGGCGUCUCGCCUCAGGAACAUGUUUAUUUCUCGGGUGAGGGAAAAACGCCCUAUCACCCGUGCAUCUAUGAAAAAAUGAUCACCUCUCAUGGACACGAGGACGAUAUCAGGUAUCUGUGGAAGGUUGCGACCGCCCCGCAGGUAAAAAGUAUUUCGUCUGGACUGGUUGGGAAACUCUAUUGUACGGCUGUGAAAAUGACGCUGCUUUGUAAGCCGUACUUUACAAACAAGUAUUCAUGCAUGGCAGCUUUUACAUGACGCACUGUGAAGUCCGAGCAGUAUUGAAUUUUUUUUCUCUCAAUGGUUUACUUUUGCUUUAAAUGGUAAACAUUUUGUCAGUUCCCAAUAAAGUUAAAAGCUGUGCGCCCUAA